CGAUUUUGCGUCAUUGCGUUGCGAGUUGCGGGCGCAGUGGGUAACGGAAGGCAGGCGGGCAGCGAGGAGAAGAGGCUUGAAAACCCGCGCGCAGCUGUUCGGGGGGUGACGGAAGCUAACCCGUGCGUGUUUCCCAACUUCCGCGGGAAUCGCUUUAGUGUCAGGAGAGCGCUGUGUACCUGAGCGGUGCCUGUCGGGAGUUCUUGCAGACAGUUGUGUUAGUGAGGGCGCAGUCGUGGGGGACCUCGGGAUAAGAGUGACCCGAACAGGGUCCUGGUGAACAAGCGAAUGGCGGCAGCCGGAGGAGGCGGAGGACUUGCAGGACCGGGGGCAAGACGAAGUAGGAGAGAUCACUUGAGUUCCGGCAGGGCUCCAUACAGCAAGAGCCGACAGCAGCAGCAGGUUUCUAAUAAUCGGACAAUCCCAGAUAUAAUGAAAGAAGUCAACAUUCUUCUCUGUACAUUUUGGACAAAAAGAAAUCUUCUGAGAGCUAUCACAGUUUUGGAACAAUAAGCCAUAACCUAAAUGAAUGAGCCGGAAAUGUUGGUCUCUCCAAGACUCAGAACAUAUAUUCUUUCUAAUAUUUUGGAAAGAAUGCAGAAGUUCCCUGGAAGAAACAUCAGUUCCCAAAAAUGAAGACCAUUUUUUGCUCGAGUUCUCUAGUGGAUCUAAAUCCUUGGAGAAUGACUUUAAAAGAUGUAAUGAGAUCCAUGAAAUAUUAUUUAGUUUAAUAUCUUCAACCAACUGUAAUAAACCUUUAUAAAACUGA